CGAGCGUGGCUCGAGGUGCCUGGUUCGUUUACACAACCUGCCCCACGUUCCUAGAUUUUUUGUUUUUAGCUGGUUUGCUCUGGAUUGCUUCAUCCGCAUCUUUACCCGUCUUUGGCUUCCGAGCUGCGGGGUAGCCAGCAGGAGAAGAGCCAGCACGAUGGCAAUGGCUUCCACACCCGGGAAACUCACAUACCCUCAGUUUCACGGGCUGCGUCGUACGUCUCUCAUGCCCUCUACCUUCCACCCCCUCUUUUUGCGCCGUACCGGCGCCGCCGCAUCCAGCAGAUCUUCCGGCGGAGUCGUCGCCAUGGCCGGCACUGGCAAGUUUUUUGUUGGAGGCAAUUGGAAAUGCAAUGGAACUAAAGAUUCUAUUGGUAAGUUGGUUGCUGACUUGAACAGCGCUGCAUUUGAAGAUGAAGUAGAUGUUGUUGUAGCUCCUCCAUUUAUCUACAUUGACCAAGUAAAGAACUCAUUGGUCGAUCGAAUAGAGAUAUCUGCUCAGAACUCUUGGAUUGGAAAAGGUGGAGCCUUUACAGGAGAAAUUAGUGCUGAACAAUUGAUUGACAUUGGAUGUAAGUGGGUUAUUCACGGCCAUUCUGAGCGUAGACAUAUUAUAGGGGAAGAUGACCAGUUUAUAGGGAAGAAAGCUGCAUACGCCUUGAGCCAGAAUCUUAAGGUUAUUGCCUGUAUCGGAGAAAAGUUAGAUGAAAGAGAAGCAGGAAAAACAUUUGAUGUUUGUUUUCGGCAGCUAAAGGGUUUUGCAGAUGAUGUGAAAAGAUGGACAGACAUUGUUAUUGCCUAUGAACCUGUAUGGGCUAUUGGGACAGGAAACGUUGCCACUCCAGAGCAAGCUCAGGAAGUACACGCUGCAAUUCGUGAUUGGCUGAGGAAGAAUGUCUCAACUGAAGUUGCUUCUGAGACCAGAAUAAUAUAUGGAGGUUCUGUUAAUGGCAGCAACUGCGCAGAACUCGCAGAAAAGGAAGAUAUCGAUGGUUUUCUUGUUGGUGGGGCCUCCUUGAAGGGCCCAGAAUUUGCAGUCAUUGUCAAUUCAGUGAUUCAAAAGAAGGUUGUCGUCUAACUCGUGAGUCACUAUUUUGCUCCAAUGUAAAAUACAGUCUUUGUUUGUUUGGAAAUUUAUUUUCACAAAAGAGCAGAGCCUAUUUCCUAUGCUGUCAUAAAUCUAAUUUGGAAAUUUGAUCAACUGAUUGAACUAUUUUUCUUGUGA